AUGCUGUUGUUUGUCGUGGUCUGUGUGAUCCAAGUGGUCGUCGAGAGCAAGACCAAGCAAAAAGACCCGCAGAACAAAGAUAGCCAGCUUUCCAGGCAGACCCGGAACCCGAUGGCUUUCAGACAGGUUCAGCCUUUUUCCCGCACCGUCAAACAAUGCUUCAACUGGCUCUCAGCUGGUGUGCUUGUGACGUUCCUUGCGGAUGCGACGAUCUAUACCGCCCACGUUUUAAUGGCGCGCUCCGAGUGUUGGUGGCGCGGGCAGUCUGCAGUGAUUUAUAUCACCGGCUCUAUUUUUGCCUACACAGUUAUCCUUGUCAGCAUACUCGAUACCACCCCGUCCCCGACGGCCACUCAGCUUACAUGUUGGUCCUUCGCCAUUCCUACCGAGCUCAUCAUCCUUACAGUCUCCCUCUCGCUUUAUAACUCAGAACAUUAUGGGCCAGGAGUCGGAGACCCCAACGGAGGCGCGAUGCACCAAAGGAUCACCUUCUGGGAGUGUAUGGAAGCGGUCCCCAACGGUGUCCGUAUAUUGAUUCUAGUCUCUCUUGUUCUCCUCUACUGUACCAAGUCCGGUGCUCACAUAGGCCAUGAUGGAGAUUCGGAGGAAGACCAAGGUUUUGCGUUUGACGUUUACUAUGCCCUUGUGGUUGGAAUCUCGGCACUUGUUUAUGUUUAUAUUACCAUUCGCAUCGCUCAGAGGAAUGCGAAGACCAGAAGAAAGAUGGUCGAUGCUUCGAGGCAUGAGGAUGCGAUCAAAAACGAUUCGUUGGUGUCCUACGAAACGGUGAAAUACUUCAAUGCCGAACGACACGAGUUUGACCGAUACCGUCGCGCUAUCUGCAACUACCAGAAUACGGAGUACUACACAUUCCUCUGUGGGACCCUAUUAAACGCCAGUCAAAACACUAUCUUGUUGACCUGUUUACUGGUCACGUGCUUCAUCGCUGUGUAUCAAGUCUCUUCUCUCCAGCAACCCGUGGGUCGGUUUGUUACCUUGUUGAUGUACAUGGCCCAGUUACAAGGUCCCCUGAGCUUCUUCGGGGCCUUCUAUGUCUCUAUACAGUCGUCUUUGAUCAAUGCCGAGCGUAUGUUGGAGCUUUUCAAAGAGCAGCCAACAGUCGCUGACAGCCAUUGCGUUUCCCCCUUGGCCACUUGCCAGGGAAAAAUCGAGUUCCGGGAUGUUAGUUUCUCAUAUGAUGCGCGGAAUCCUGUGUUGACCGGACUCACGUUCACUUGUCAACCAGGAACGACUACAGCUUUGGUGGGAGAGUCUGGUGGGGGCAAAUCUACUGUUCUCCGUCUCCUCUUCCGAUCCUACAAUCCUGAAAAUGGCAAAAUCCUCGUCGACGGACAUGACGUCCAGGAUAUCACGAUUGAUUCUCUUCGUAAAAAUAUUGGUGUGGUUCCGCAGGAUACGACACUUUUCAACGAUACUCUGAUGUACAAUCUAAAGUACGCCGACACCGACGCAAGUGAUGAAGAUGUGCACCAGGCUUGUUCCAAGGCCGGAAUUCAUGACAAAAUCGAGGGUUUCCCAGAUGGCUACAACACCAAAGUUGGAGAGCGUGGGCUGCGCCUCAGCGGCGGUGAGAAGCAACGUGUGGCAAUCGCUCGAGUUAUCGUGAAAAACCCGAAAAUCAUACUGCUGGAUGAAGCUACAUCUGCGCUCGACACUAAAACCGAAGAGCAUAUCCAGACAUCCCUAGCUAAUCUCUCCAAUGGCCGAACCACGCUCAUCAUUGCCCAUCGGCUAAGCACCAUCACGUCGGCAGACCUCAUUUUAGUUCUCGGCGAUGGCAAGGUGGCCGAGAGCGGCACCCAUGAGGAACUAGUGAGUAUGGAAGGCCUUUAUGCCCGCAUGUGGAGAAAUCAAAAGGGCGAGGCAAAGCAAAGACAGGUAGAGUGCAUUUAA